UCUGCGGGCCUCUGCGGGAGAAGCGUCAGCCCCACGCGGUUGGAGUCGGACCUCCCGCCAGCCCAGCCCACUUCCUCCUCCCCUGCUCCCGUCCCGUCCCCGCCAUGGCAGACUAUCUCAUCAGCGGCGGGACUUGUUACGUUCCUGAUGAUGGGCUCACGGCGCAGCAACUCUUCAACUGCGGGGACGGGCUUACGUACAACGACUUCCUCAUCCUCCCGGGAUAUAUAGACUUCACAGCUGAUCAAGUGGACCUAACAUCAGCCCUUACCAAGAAGAUAACCCUGAAAACUCCACUUGUGUCAUCUCCCAUGGAUACAGUCACGGAGGCUGGGAUGGCCAUUGCCAUGGCACUUACAGGAGGUAUUGGCUUUAUACAUCAUAACUGCACCCCAGAAUUCCAGGCCAACGAAGUACGAAAAGUGAAGAAAUAUGAGCAGGGCUUCAUCACUGAUCCUGUGGUUCUGAGCCCCAAAGAUCGUGUCAGAGAUGUCUUUGAAGCCAAGGCAAGGCAUGGCUUCUGUGGAAUCCCAAUCACAGACAAUGGCAAGAUGGGCAGCCGCCUGGUGGGCAUCAUUUCCUCUCGUGACAUUGACUUUCUUAAGGAGGAGGAACAUGACCGUUUUCUGGGCGAGAUCAUGACAAGGCGGGAAGAUCUGGUGGUGGCUCCUGCAGGCGUCACAUUAAAGGAAGCCAAUGAAAUACUGCAGCGGAGCAAGAAAGGGAAGCUACCUAUCGUGAAUGAGGAUGAUGAGUUAGUAGCCAUCAUUGCCCGCACGGACCUAAAGAAGAAUCGGGACUACCCCCUGGCCUCCAAGGACACCAAGAAGCAGCUUUUGUGUGGAGCAGCCAUUGGCACCCAUGAGGAUGACAAGUACCGGCUUGACUUGCUGGCCCAGGCUGGUGUUGAUGUGGUUGUGCUGGAUUCUUCCCAAGGAAACUCCAUUUUCCAAAUUAACAUGAUCAAGUACAUCAAAGAGAAAUACAACAACCUCCAGGUUAUCGGCGGCAAUGUGGUGACAGCUGCACAAGCCAAAAACCUCAUUGACGCUGGAGUGGACGCCCUGCGGGUUGGCAUGGGCAGCGGUUCCAUCUGCAUUACCCAGGAAGUGGCUCCCAAGAUCCCUCCAGACAUAAAGUCCCACAGCCCUAAAUGCCCUUCUACUGUCACGGGCACCUAUAUGCUGGCAUGUGGGCGGCCCCAAGCGACAGCUGUAUACAAAGUCUCAGAAUAUGCACGACGUUUUGGUGUCCCAGUCAUUGCUGAUGGUGGCAUCCAAAAUGUGGGCCACAUUGCCAAAGCCCUUGCCCUUGGAGCUUCCACAGUGAUGAUGGGCUCUCUGUUGGCGGCCACCACUGAGGCCCCAGGUGAAUACUUCUUUUCUGAUGGGAUCCGAUUAAAGAAAUAUCGAGGGAUGGGGUCCCUUGAUGCCAUGGACAAGAACCUUGGCAGCCAGAACCGCUACUUCAGCGAAGCAGACAAAAUCAAAGUAGCUCAAGGGGUGUCCGGAGCUGUGCAAGAUAAAGGUUCCAUCCACAAAUUUGUUCCCUACUUGAUUGCUGGCAUCCAGCACUCCUGCCAAGAUAUUGGUGCCAAGAGUCUAACUCAAGUCAGAGCCAUGAUGUAUUCAGGGGAACUGAAAUUUGAGAAGAGGACAUCAUCUGCACAGGUGGAAGGCGGUGUUCAUGGACUCCAUUCGUACGAGAAGCGGCUCUUCUGAGAAGUGGCCUUGUUUGUCUUUACUGCCUCUCACCUCUCCCUCUAGGUUUUUCAAUAAAAAGCUGGAUAUAGUGGUCUGUGGCCUUUGUCAGAUAGGAUGAAGGAAAGGGGAACAGGGGCUAGGCUAAUGCUCGGCAGUUUCUGUCAUCUCUUCUCUGGGUCCCAGGUUUCACUUUGCCUUUGAUAACCCCAAACAGUCUGAGAAGAAGGCUGCUAUAUGUAAAUCCAAUAUCCAUUAAGUACAUUUGAUAAGCAUAGGGGAUAUAAAUAAAAUCUGCCCACAAGGAGCCUCCAGUCUAAAGAGGGAGGAGACCACACAAGGAGGCAGGAAAGGGGGGGGGAUGGGACUUGGGCACCAUAGGGGCAGAGCUUUAGAUGCAAAGUAGAGAAUGGACUAUGUUUAGCCCAAAGGAGAGGCUGCCAGACUUGAUCGCCAUCUUCAAGUAAUUGGUGGGCUGUUCGUAAAUGAGGAUUAUUCUUCUGUUGCUUGGUCGCGGAAGGUAGAAAGAGCAGCGGGGAAAGAGGCAAAUUUUUAGCUCUGUGUAAAGAAAAAUUGCUCCUUGAAGAACUAACCAAAAGUAGAAUGCACUAAGGCAGCUAACUCAGUAUGGCACAGGUCUCUGAAGUUUGAACAGACUGAAUACUCGAUGUUAGUAAGUUAUUAAGAAAUGAGGACCAAAGUGUCGGCUUUAGGUGUCUCGUGUGAGGCAGAGAGCAGCAGAGCACCAGGGGCACAAAGUGGAAAAUGGGAUAGGCCCAGCCCUCCCCAAAUUACUCUGCUGGAUGGAUACCUACACAUUAGAAACAGGGAGAUGGAGAACACCACUGAGGCUGUAGGGAAGGAGAGAGAAUGGAGGGUAGAGAAUUUGGGAAUUAAGUGGUGAGUACACGGGCUUUAGCAGCAGAGACCAUUGAAAGGGAUGCCAAGGUUGGAGCCCAAAAGGAAGGAGUACUAGGAGAAAAGGCUGGCCAGGGAGAAAGGGCACCAGAUUGUGGGCUGGCAGCUUUGCCAAGAAGAAAGAAGGCCAGACCUGAUGGAAUCAUCUAAGACCUGAUGACAGUCUUCUAAUUGCAUCCAUGCACACAACAGUGUUCUCUUUGGCCUUGUGGCCUAAGGUUAUGUGGGGUCUCCAACUUUACCCCUACUGCUGCCUCACACAUAAAAUCUGCCUUCACACUUGAGAGGCAGUGUUGCAUAGUGGAUAGAGAGCUGGCCAAGAAGACCCAAGUUCAAGUCUUCUGUCUCCACAUGCUGGUUAUGACUUUAACAUCCCAGAACUCUUAGGUGAGCCACAUUGGUAGUCUGUCCAGUAGUUCCCUUUACACAGAGGUGAAAUUGCGAAGCCAAGUCCCGGGCACUGUCUGCAUGAGUUCUUGGCUUUUUUUGUGGGUGUGACCCCUUAGUAACCUGGUGAAGCUAUGGAUUCCUUCUCAGAAUGCUUUGUUGCCCACAUUUGUAACUGAAUAAAAUGUUAAAUUUCAGUUAGUGAAGAUAACAAAUUCCUGGAUCCUGUCCAAUAUCCCUUCUCCACUUAUCUCCCAGUCAAAUGUGUAGCCUCCUGGUAUGUAUCUUCACACCCCUUAGAAUUUGGCUUCAGAUCUUAAUCAGUGAAAAUGACUCCCAGGUUACCUCCCCCACUCUAGUGCUCCCCUAUUAUGGAAAACCCAGAAGUUCCAACCUAUCCCCAUCCUACCUCUUCAGCCAAAGUUGCCUUGCUGUUCCCUUCACCUGGCCCUCCCCCUUCCAUCUCCAUGCCUAUGCACUGACGGUUCUUCAGGCCUAAAACCUUCAUCCAGGCCCAUUCCUAUGUUACAAAGGAAGCCUUUCCAACCCCUCUCUCUGGCCUCUUGUCCUCUCACUAGAUGGUGACCUUGAGGCAGGGAUUUCACUUUUGUUUUUGUAUCUCAAACAACUUGGACACUGUCUGGCAUAUUGUGGGUAUUUAAUAAAUUCUUGUGUAUUUGAGUAA